AUGACUUCUGACUGCUCCCCCAUGCACUGCUCUUUUGAGUCCUGUACCCAGGUUUCCAGUUGUGCAUCCGUGUCAACCUGUUCCAUGGAACCAACUUGUCUCCCCAGUGCCUUUGCUACCUCCAGAUGUCAGACUCCUAGUUUCCUGUCCAGGUCUCACUUGCUGACCAGUUGCCUCGCACCGUGCUACUUUGCUGGGAGUUGUAAUAGUCCGUGCUCGGUGGGGAACUGUGUGUGGUGUGAGGAUGGGGUCUUCAGUAGCAAUGAGAAGGAGACAAUGCAGUUCCUGAACGACAGACUCGCCAACUACCUGGAGAAGGUGCGCAGCCUGGAGGGGACCAACGAGGAGCUGGAAUGCAGGAUCCGAGAACAAUGUGAACAGGAUACCCCAUCCGUGUGCCCCGAUUAUCAGUGUUACUUCGACACCAUUGAAGAUCUCCAACAAAAGAUCUUGUGCAUGAAGGCAGAGAAUUCUAGACUUGCUGUCCAGCUCGACAACUGCAAACUGGCCACUGAUGACUUUAGAUCAAAGUACGACAGCGAACUGUCCUUUCGCCAGCUCUUAGAGGCUGACAUGAGUGGCCUGCGUGGGAUCCUGGAUGAGCUGACCCUGUGCAAAUCCGAUCUGGAGGCCCACGUGGAGUCUCUGAAGGAAGAUCUCCUUUGCCUUAAGAAAAACCAUGAAGAGGAGGUCAACUUGCUUCGUGAACAUCUUGGUGACCGACUCAGUGUGGAGCUGGACACUGCUCCCACCACUGACCUCAACAGGGUCCUGGAUGAGAUGCGUUGUCAGUAUGAAAUGGUGCUCGCCAACAACCACAGAGAUGUGCAAGAAUGGUUUGCUGUUCAGACGGAAGAACUGAAUCAGCAGCAGCUGUCCAGUGCAGAGCAGCUGCAGGGCUGCCAGACAGAGAUCUUGGAGCUGAAACGUACAGCCAAUGCUCUGGAAAUUGAGCUCCAAGCACAGCAAAGCCUGACAGAAUCUCUGGAAUGCACUGUGGUAGAAACUGAGACCCAGUACAGCACCCAGCUGGCCCAGCUGCAGUGCCUGAUUGAUAACGUGGAGAAGCAGCUGGCCGAGAUCCGCUGCGACCUUGAGCGUCAGAACCAGGAGUACGAGGUGCUGCUGGACACAAAAGCCCGGCUCGAGUGUGAGAUCAACACAUACCGGGGCCUGCUGGAGAGCGAGGACAGCAGGCUUCCCAGUAACCCAUGUUCUACAACAUGCACGGCAAACAACACUUGUGAGCCAUGUUCAGCCUGUGUAAUUUGCACAGUUGAAAACUGCUGUGCUUGA